AUGGAAGAAGAACAGCAGGAACAAGCCACAACUGCUGCCACAAUUAAAAAGGACUUAGGAGAAAUCCUUAGACCCAGGGCACCAGGACCAUACAACGAAUCCCCGGGUGCGCUUCAAGGAUUCCUCACUCAACUCAGGGCUUACCACCGACAAUUCCCGAACAAAAUGGAAGAAUCCUCUGUCAAGGUACUGCACGCAGGAGGAUGUAUGACGGGAGUGGCACUCGCAUGGUUUGAACCCAUUAUGAGGGACUACCUUAAUAAAGAAAAAGACGACCGCAAAGAAGAAACCAACACCAUUUUCGAAAGUUACGAUAAGUUCGAAAAAGCCAUCAAGAAAGCCUUUGGAACAGUUGAUGAAGCUAGAGCUGCUAAGUACUACAUCGACGGGCUCAAGCAGAAGGGAUCGGCAUCCGAUUAUGCCGCUCGCUUCCGACAACUCGCAUCUCAGCUUAACUAG